AUGGCAGGCAAGCGUGGUCGAGGCCGCGGGGGUAAAGGCGGCGGCAAUGGUCGAGCUGUAGCAGCAAAGAUAAGUGUAGAGCUUCCACCCGGUGUUGAGCCCCAGCCCAGCGUCGAGCUUCCGCCGCGCGUCACACGUGAGGCAAACAAGACAGCUCACCCGGGUCUCCUCGAUGCGAAGCAGCCUCGUCGUACUGCCGCAGAGAUGGAAGAGGCUCGUGCGGCUGAAGCCGCGCAGGACGCAGCCAAGGAGCAGCAGCGCCAAGCAGCACUGCAGAAGGUGGCCGCCAAGGAGGAUGCCAUGAGGCGCGAGGAUGCCAGGCGCGCCCUGGAGGCGUUCACGGGCCCCGCCACCCCUCAGGCUGUUAGCCAGCCAAAGGCAGAGACCACCGGGACAAGCGCCGAAGUACCUUCCUCCGCUGAGGACAGUGAUGUCGUGAUGCUUGACGGUAGCUCGGAUUCAGCCAGCGAAGUCGUUUCCAGCCCAGACUCUGACGCCUACGUGCCUCAACCAGAGGCUGAAGUCGAAGCGUCCGUGGCGAAGGCGAAGACGAAGAAGCAGCACAAGAAGUCGACGCGGGAGGACGUGCGGACCCAGCGGCAGACCAGCGACGAACCACCCGUGAGUAGUAUCGUGGCCGCAGGAGACAAGUCGAACAAGCGCAAGGCCGCGGGCGUCGCCGACCAUCUGCCCGCGAAGAAAUCGAAGAAAGCACCCCCAAAGCCUGGAGGGAUCGACACGAAGGCCCUCAAGGAAGUCAAGGAUGCGGCCGAUCAUACGAAGAAGACCAAUGACGAUUCGAUGGUUCGCGCGGGGGGCUUUGCUGAAGACGAU